AUGUCAAACGGUUCUGAGCAGCCAGCCAACUCCACGGAGGCGGACUCGCGGUUGUCGAAGCGGAAACUCUCCGAGGCCAUCUCCUCGCUCGACGCGGCGCUGAAGAGCACGGGAGUGCGCGUGAAGAAGCGCAAGACCAGCUCACCCCACCGCACCUCGACUCCCGCACUCGAAGCCAUUCUCGCCAAGUCCAGCUCGCGAGCAUCGACGCCGAGCUCUGCGCCUCCUCCGCCAUCCUAUGAACCCCACUCGCUGCCCGCCCUCCUCUCUCGUUUGUCAACUUACCGCCUCACUACCUUCUCCCCCUCGAAACCGCCGUCUCUUUCGUCUCUCGCCUGCGCCUUGCAUGGAUGGCAGCACACGUCGACAACUCGCGAGCGAGUACAGUGCGUCACAUGCGGACGAGGCGUUGUAUUGCUACCGCCGUCGAGCGGCGACGGAGGAUGGACGAACCCAGCGGGGCAGAAGUUGCGGGCGGAGUACGAAAGGCUGGUCCUGGAUGAUGGGAAAGGACACGCUGAGACAUGUCCGUGGCGGUUGCGGCCAUGUGCGAGGAGCCUGUAUCGGUUGCCGGGCGGUGGACUUGGCGUGCAGGCCGGCGGGCGGAGGCGGUUAAUCGAGGACGUCGUGCGGGAGGCCCAAGAGAUGGACGAGGCCGGGCUAGGCGAGGUGAGAUUGGACUUGCCGAACGACGCGAUGUCGCUUGUCGAUUCCGACGACGGCAAGACUCGCCUCGCCAAGGCCCUUUCCUCGGUCUCUGUGCCUCCGCCCGCCAACGACGCGACAGCAGCACCGACCACAAUACCUUCUGCGACAUGCGCACUGCUAGUCAUCUUCGGAUGGUCUAUCUCCUCCGCUCAACCGCAAUCGACAGCUCCCGCCCUGUCCCGCUCAAACUCCACCUCGUCCCUCGCGUCCCUGCGCUCCCUUUCCUCAUCUCCCAUCCUCCACUGCUCCUUCUGCAUGCGACAAGUCCUCGCUUCCUCCUACCUUCCUUCGCCUGCGACGCCCAAUCCGAAGCAGUUCAACCCCGUCAAGCAGCACCAGCCUUUCUGCCCGUUCGUCGACCCCUAUGCCGGGCACUCGAUUCCGCACACUCGAUCCUCGACGCCGAUGUCGGCUCAAUCCGUAUCGUCGACUCGCCAUGCAUCGCCGUCGACUCCGCAACUCAAGCCGGGAUGGCAGGUCCGCCUCGAGGCGAUAUUGCAGCGACAUGCGCCGGCUCAGUCCGGAGCCGCUGGCUCUCCAUCGGGCGAUUCGAUUGAAAGCGCUGAAGAAGGAGCAGAGGGAACGACCGCUGGACUGGUCGGCGCAGGCAAGACGAAAGAGCUGCUCUCGUACGUGCGCUCGCUACUCGGACCGAAGGCGCGCACUGCAGGCGUUCCAGGCGCUCCGCUUCCCUCGCAGUUGCUGUAG